CAGCGGGGUAGUACUAACCAAGUCACCGAGUUACAUCAUGGAGCCACGCACUCUCGCUCUUGUGACUAACUACCACCCAACCACUUUCGAGAGAUGCGUGGGACAACUUGGAGUUCCCACUUUGAAUGGGAAUCUCGGGGGUUCACUUGGCAUACAUGGUAAGAUCCCCGCAAUCUUACCCGGCUUCCCGAGGCAAUUCACUAGCACUUCCCCUCGCAAACAUCUGCUUUGGUGGAGUUGAUAGGCAAUAGGCGUGGAAGAGGGCAUACAAAAGGAACCUUAUAUGGUGAUGGCUGUUGCUCUUGAUGGAUAUUCAAGCCACAUAUCAAGUCGAUAGGUGUUAUUCCCCAAAUUCCUACCCUUUGCUUGAUAUUCGCCAUGUUACUUGGGUUUUUGUUGACAGUCCUAGGCCAAAGGGUGUUUGGCUUGCACAAUAAAGAUUGUGGCAGUUCUCAGCCGCUGGUCUGCAACAAAUUGGAGAUACCGCCAAUCGAUGGCCUUGAUGUCAUAUAUGUCGAAAGAAACGAGGUCCACAACUACGCCCUACCAACUCAACCAGCCUCGAAAUUUGAUUUUUGCAACUUUACUCUGACACUAAAUCACAAUGGCGCAGAUGAUGUUGUGUACGUGAGCAUCUGGCUGCCCCUUGAGGAUGCUUGGAACGGCCGCUUUCUCGCCACUGGUGGUGGCGGACUUGCAGCUGGAACCUUUGCCUCAGCUCUCGCUGGCCCCGUUUCGAAGGGUUUCGCUGCUGGAUCUACGGAUGCUGGGCUGACGUUGAAUCACACCAUUGAUGCAAACUCUGGGCAGUGGGCUCUCAGGGCCGACGGCAGCAUUAAUGAGCCCUUGAUGGAGAACUUUGCCACCCGGUCCAUUCAUGAGAUGGCACUUAUUGGCAAAGAGGCUGUCAAGGCAUUCUACGGCACCGGUGCCCAUCACUCCUACUACAGCGGCUGCUCUCAAGGUGGAAGACAGGGCUAUUUCGCUGCCCAAUACAGUCCCCAUGACUUCGAUGGUAUCCUAGCCAAUGCCCCUGCCAUCAACACCCCCCAAUUGUCUCCUGCAGACUUUUGGCCCUCAGUGGUCAUGGGUAAUAUUGCCGCACCGCCGCAAUGUGUGUUCUCGGAGUUUCAAAAAGCAAUCAUUUCGGAGUGCGAUUCUCAGGAUGGCGCGGAAGAUGGCCUCAUAUCAGCCCCCGAGAAGUGUCAAUUUGAUACGAGCCAACUCGUGGGGCAAAAUCUCAACUGUACUGAUACUGGCGAACCUGUUGUGAUCACGGAAGACUUUGCGGAAGUUGUUGCCAAAAUCUUGGAAGGUUCAAGAACGACAUCAGGCAACUACUUGUGGUAUGGGAACCCACCAGGCGCGCCCUUCAUGGGUCUCGCAGACACGAAGACGGUUGAUGGUGUCACCGUGCCUGUACCCUUCGCCGCGGCCGAAGCAUGGAUGCGAUACUUUGUAUCCCAGGAUCCCGAUCUUGAUACUGCGUCUCUUACGUUUGCGGAGUUUGAGAACAUUUUCAACGAGUCUGUGGCAAAGUACACGAAGCCUUUCGGAUCCGAUGAUCCCGAUCUCACAGAGUUCAAGCAAGCCGGUGGGAAGCUAUUGACUUGGCACGGCAUGGGUGACCCUCUCAUUACCCAUCUCGGAACAAUCCUAUUUUGGGACAGACUUCAAGAGAAGAUGGGUGGUUCAAGAUCUCUGGAGAGCUUCUAUCGGUUGUUCUUGGCACCGGGGGCGGGACAUUGCGGUGGCGGGUACGGCCCCGUCCCUCUUGAACCACUCUCCGUUCUCGUCGACUGGGUCGAAAUUGGCAAGGUGCCCGACACUUUGUUUGCUAUCACGACACAGGACGGCGUCAACACGACUCGGAAUCUUUGUCCUCAUCCCCAAUAUAUCAAAUACAAAGGGACUGGGGACUUAAAAAAUGCUGCGAGCUUCGGUUGCGAGCAAGAGGCGGCCGAUUCAUGGCUAUGAAUACAGUUGCCGCA